AUGGAAACUAGAUAUGAACAUAUCUAUAUUCUUGAUAAUAUUGAAAUUGAUUAUCUUUUCGAAACUUCAAUUUUCACAGUAUUCAUAUCAUUCGUGGUGAAUAUUUUUGGAUUGAAUAUGCUAAUUAAUCACUCAAAAAGAGAUAAUACAUCAUAUCGAUAUUGUUUAAUUGUAUCACAAAUAACUGCUUUCAUACCACAAUGUUAUUGGGGAAUAUGUCAAUGCACAAUUGCUCUUUUUCCAUUUCCUGGUUUUAUAUCUCAAGGAAUUCUAGCUAGUUAUGUUUCAACAAUGAUUUUAUUCUUCACAUGGUUUGGUCUCUUUACCAUUCAUGCUUUAUCAUUUAUUUAUGUAUUGAUUAUCCGAUUGAAAAUUGUCGAAGCAUUUAUCACAAAAAAAUCAUCAAAUUAUACUUUAUACAUCACUCUGGUUUCCAUUUUAUUAGGUUUUUGUUGGAUAUUCAUCAUAUAUUUUAUUUUUAACAAUGUCGCAUCUGUAGAAUACAUAUCAUCUCAUUUUCCAAAUUAUAUUCAUCUUUUGCAAGUAAAAGGUAUUUUCAUAGUCACUGAUGAGAUUCUCUUACGAUAUUCCAUUUGUAUUGUUGUCUUCACUAUUUUUAGUACAAUAUGUGUGAGUCAAUUAGUAGUUUAUCAUGAUAAUUCCAGAAGGAUUUUUCAGUUCUACAUUUAUCUGUGUUAUAAAAUAAUUGGAAAUGUCAAAUCGCAACAGAACAAAAUGAGUCGAAGUCAGAAAAACCACCAGAAAAAGGUUCUAUAUGAAUCUAUAAUUCAAUCCUGUAUAAAAUGUGUUACUUGUGGAAGUUGUGGAACAUGGUGGGUAUUGUUAUUUAUAUUUGCCCCUAUCGGAAAUGUGAACAGUUAGUUUGGGAAUUAGUGCGAGAAUAUCAUAAAAUUCAACAAUAUUUCAGUGUUCACUUUGAUUGUUCAUUGUAUAUUUGUUGGAGCUCCAAUUCCUGGAACUAUUGUUAUGUUAUAUCAACAUCCAACUUAUUUCAAGAAAGAUCUGAAAAAAGUUUCAGUUCCAAUUAUUCAACAAUCUUCUAUUCAGAAUUAUUUGCGAACUUGA